UUUUUUUCCUUUACUAUGCACGGUCUUUCAGGGCUACUGUUCGGAGUUUUGCAUUGCCUUCAGAUAUAUUUCUGUUUCUUCUCUUUUUAUUUAGGAAAGCCUCACCUCCAGUCUAUUGUGGUGGGAAGUCACUAUUUAUCAGAAGAAGAAUAUCUUCAUAUGAUUAUGGGUCGCAUACGUGGACUCGAACUGCUUUUUAACUUGGUGUGGAAGCAGUUAAAAUCCAAAGCAGACUGUUUGGUUGCAGCACUACAUUGCCUCUUAAUCAAUGAAGGUCUGCAGUGCAUGGGCAUAGGCGAAGAUUGGCCAGAGGACGAUUCCAGUACAGGAACAGAGUUACUACCAAAGGAUUGGAAUGAAAACCAAGAGCUCUAUUCUUUACGAUAUGCUACUAAAGACUUCAAACAUCGUUACCUCUUCAAACUAGUGAAAGCAGGACAUACAUUGCACGUGAAUGUUGCCUUGGAUAAAAAUACUGUGGCUGUUUUGUCUUUAAGUAUUGAGAGUCAUGUGUCUGAUGACUAUAAAGAGUACUCGGAUGCUUACAGGGAUCUCGAUUCCUUGAGUGAUUCUUUUCGUAAGGAUGUCUUACAGAAACUCCAGGUAAAGGAAACCAAAGCGGGUACAUCUGGAAAUACUUCAGCUGAAAAAAAGAAAGUUCCACGGGAAGGUCCCAUUUCACCUCUUCCUCCACCAAGGCCACAGCCAGAUUUUUCUACCAUAAGUAGUGAAGAUUUUUAUGGUCCUCAUGCUGGUAUGUUACCCGAUAUUGGUGGAAGUGACCUAAAUCCAUUUCACAGAGGACGCCCUAGUGGUAUGCUUGUUGAUCCUAGUAGCUUUGGAAUACCAUCUAGGCCAACUUUACCGCAGUUUGGUGUAGGAUCACCUGGAGGCCUUCCGCGAGGUGCUGUUCCACCAGGAGCUCGAUUCGACCCGUUUCGUCCUCCCAUACGAGGACCAAAUAGGUUCAACCCAGAUCCAGACCACUUUAGGCCUCCAGAUUUUGAUGAUAUUAUAUAAUUAAUGUUAAACUUUGCCAUGAAUUACACAUAUAAUAAAAAUUAAAUGCUGUGGGGAAUACUUUAUUGUGAAUUGUGUUAUUCAGCAUAGCAUCAUGCAUUUGGGUUAUAUAACAACAUACUGCUGUGAAUUUGCAUCAAGAAUGGUCAUAUGUACAAAACGUGUAAAAGCUUUCAUUUUUCCAAGAACAUUUUCUUUUAUACUAAAUGCUAUUUCUUGUUUAUCCAAAAAUGUAAAUUUCUGUGAAUAAACAUGUAGAGAUAUUUAUAUUUUCUACUUUUGUUUUAUAA